AAGAACCCAUAAUCCCAAGGUCAGUGACGUUGAGAGUUCGGAUGGGUGCGGUUAAUCUAACAUUUAUCCUUUUUCGGUCCCUAGCAGCUGCUGAUCUAAGCUGCACGUUAAGAUGUUGUGAAUCUUUAACACAGACAGUGGCAAGGUUUGAGAGAACUUUCGCUAGCACUGAGGUUGUUCUGCGUAGAAAUUCUCACUAUAGUGAUAAGUAAGAGAGGUACAGAUAAUCGACGUAAAUGCAUAUAUUUACAAAAGAACAACAGUCAGACAGUACAAAUUCACGUUAAAAAGGGUUUAUAACAAUUCAGUGAAAAAAAUCAGUUGUAGAUUUUUUAUGGGUACAUCAUAGUCAAAUUAAAGUCCACUAAUCGUUUUAUCCACAAUGUGUGGAUCAGUCUCCCUCAGACGAUAGUGACACUGGACCCGUCUUUACAGCUUCCAGCUCACAAAACCCAGUCGGUUAAUGCACAUGGGCAAACGUGGGAUAAAAAGAUGGCAGAGUCUAUGCAUGUGAAAACCCUCCUACCUCCACGAGAAGUGUCACCUCUUAUAAGGACAGCUCGUUGGGGAUUGUUAGCUGUCGGGAUUGUCUACGGAGCUUUACGUUUGAAAUAUCUCACGAAAAGAGAAAAGAAAAUUUUUGAAAGAGAUCGUGCUAUUGUAGAAAAGAGGUUGAAGGAGUACAAUAUUUGGUUCGCUGAGCAAUCAGAGAAAUCCCUACAGGAUUUGGCUAAGGAAGCUGGUGUAUCACCUAAAAAUUAGAUGGAUAACAGCAUAAAACAUUUAGACUUAACUGUUAUGUACAAUUUACUUUAGAUAUACGAUUGAUCUCCACUUAUCUUUAUUUUUUGUUUAUUUAAAGUGAAAUACCAAGAAUUUUUAGGUUAUAUGAUUUACGACGUCAGUUCUCAUCCUCGUUUAGCACUAAAUAAUAUUUCUGUUGAG